AUGAAAUUCGUGGUGUUUUGCCUCUUUGUUAUUACAAAUAUCUGCGACGAUGGUAAGGCAUCUGUGGACAAUUUCGCGCCAACGAACGACGCUAAUGUUUUGACGGAGUUCACGAAAAAUUCAGACUCAUGCCAUCGACCUUGCAAGUUCAACGUGAAACCGCAAAGAUGCUAUUAUACUUUUGACGUGGAACCAAACCUGGAUGAUGGAACAACCCUUGCAAUCAAUGGCCUGACCCCAGGGCCUACAAUACACGCUUGUGUGCAUGACAUAAUCGUGGUACAAGUCAGGAAUAAGAUACCAGACCAGGAUUUGGCUAUACAUUGGCAUGGAGUGGAGCAAAGGGGGACACCAUAUAUGGACGGUGUGUCUAUGAUCACGCAAUGUCCUAUAAGCUAUGGGUCGACGUUUAAAUAUGCCUUUAAGGCAUCGACAUCGGGGACAUUCUUCUAUCAUGCUGAUUCAGUUGCCCAUCAGAGUGACGGUGUCUAUGGUGCUCUUAUCAUAGACCAGCCACGACACUUAGAACCCCAUUCUUCAAUAUACGACUUCGAUAAGAGCGAAGACCAUACCCUAGUCAUUGGAGCGAGAUUCCCAGAAUUGCUCUCAGCCAGCCUGGAAGACUUGACUAAAAUUGCUCCUAGAAGUCUUAUUAUAAAUAAAGAAGAAAGUGACACUAAAUUAUUCGUAACGCAAACGUCAGGGUACCGAAUACGUUUGGUAAACGCAAUUGCGUUAGAAUGCCCUGUCUUAGUCAGUAUUGGCGACCAUUUGGUGACUGUCAUCGCUAGUGACGGGAAACCAGUCCAACCUGUUACCACUGGCGUCGUGAGACUAUAUCCAGGGGAACGUAUGGACGUCGCGGUCCGCGCUGACCAGCCCAGCGCUGGGUACUGGCUCCAAGUGAAAGGUGAAGAGGCAUGUGACGGGUUAAAAGCGCGUUCGAUGUUUUUGUAUUCAGGUUUUAAUUAUACCUCCAUGUUAGAGGACAUACCAAACGAAAUGACUUACGACAAAAAUAGUAUCGUCUGUGGUCAACAAUUACUGUCAAGCAAAGACGUUACAUCAAAAUCUGUUGUCAAGUCGGUAUACCUUGGAAUAGAGAAGAACAACAUCGCAGUUAAGGACAACGAACUUGAUUUUCGGUACCUCAGCGAUGUUGUGCCUAAGAAGCCAUUCUUUCCAACUGCUUUGUCUCUUAAAGAAGCCGUUGUCCAGAUCAAUGGCAGAAACUUCUUGUACCCCAACGCUCCUUUAUUGCUGAAGCCACAUGACGUCUUCAGAGAUAUCGUGUGCAAUGUGGGUGAAGAGAGCAAACACAAGGAUGUCCAGUGCAUGCAGGUGUUGACAGCAGAUGUUAACGGAGCUCUGGAACUUAUUUUAGUUAACGAAGGUUUCCAUAGCAACGACUCCUAUACGUUCCACAUGCAUGGCUUCAGCAUGCACGUAGUAGCUAGUUGGCAGAGUCCAGCUGGUCUACCCUUGUCAAGGGAGGAGUUUGAAAAGUUGGAUAAGGAUGGCCUAAUUGUCAGAAAUCUACAAAAUCCGCCCAUCAAAGACACCAUAUCUGUACCCAACAAGGGUUUCACGAUAGUCAGAUUCAAUCCAGGUCAUGGAGGGAACUGGAUGCUAGAAUGUAGGUCUUGCAGUCUUACUUUGCCGGCUGCGAUUGUUAUUAGUGUUCCUAUAUCUUUACCUAAGGCGGUUGUUAAUUCGUUACCCAGCUGUGGAAGCUACAAGCCAGCUGAUGUACUUCUAAAUUGA